AUGGCCAGAACACGAGAAAGUUGCUACUCUAUCCAUGCAUCCGUCACAGUUAUUUCCCUUCCAGAGCCUGCUCGUGUUCUACAACGGGCUGAGACCGAGCUCCAUCACAGCACGAGAAAGUGGCAAGGCGACCAUUCCUCUUUCAACUCCAUGUUCUCGAGCGCUCCUCAUUGCGCUCCUGUGUCGGAUGGAAUGUGUACCUGUAACCGGUUGAAGGUUGAGGUGAUGGGCAAAGUGAAGCACGGGGAUAUCCGCCGUAUGUCACAGCAAAAUCAAUCCCACAACGUUGAUGCCUUGGAGGGUCAAGCCAAUGAAACAGGUCCAGGCAGUCUUCCCGUUACGGAGUCUGUCCAACACUCUAAACCUGCGGAGGAGGUUGUCCGAAUGGAUACUAGUAGCUCUCAGUCCACGUUCAAGACUCAAGAUAGCAAGAUUAAUGCCAGAUAUCUCAAUAUCUUUCGUCACCAUACAGUUGGACGCUUGAAAGAUGUUGUUUUCAGUGCGUCAAAGGCGCUAAGAGGAAAUGUCGGCUAUGCGCUUUCGUCAAUGCUCGGCAAAACAUCUGAUGAUAAAGAGGAACUUACCAACCGAACAGAAAAUCAACAACCUUGA